AUGCGCAUUACAUUGGAUCCAGAAUCAUUCAAACUAUUACCGACAUUCGUACAAAAUCGGGUAGAGGAAAUACGGAAAUCAAAAUUUCUGUUUCGAUACAUUCCAAGUGAGCAUAAUCCUGUCGAUAUUGCAACAAAAGGACUAUCUCCAAAGAAACUUGGGAGUAUAAGCAAUGGUGGAAAGGACCAUCAUGAACUGAAUGAAAGCAGUAAGCACUCCAUUUAUCUUCAAAGGCACAAUCCAAUAACUGAACUCCUCAUAAAGCAAACUCAUGAAGACUUACUCCAUGCCGGAAUUGCUCAUACGCUUGCGGAAAUGCGACGUAAAUUCUGGACACCAAAGGGCAGAACCGAAGUUAAAUGGGUUCUGAACCACUGCAUGGCCUGUAAACGAUGGACAACUAAACCAUUCAAACUACCGGCUAUGCACAGUCUUCCAGAACAAUGGGUCACACGUUCUAGAACCUUUGCGCAUAUAGGUUUAGAUUAUCUAGGUCCCUUAUCUUUCAAAAAUGACAAUGGGGUAACUAAAAUAAUCUUGGAUUUUCGCGACUUUCGCGACAUGUCUGGACUGGUAUGCUAG